CACGGUACGGUACGUGGGAUAGGGAAUAGACAACUCCAACGUACUUACUACGUUACGACAAUACUUCCGUGCGUACUCAGAAAAAAAUGAAUUCGUUUUUGGGGAAAAGUAAGCCAAGUGCCGAGAACUUCACAUGUCAGAAAUGUUUAGAGAAAGGACACUGGACAUACGAGUGUACCGGCAAAAGGAAAUAUGUGUACCGAGAAUCGCGCACUAAAGAGAUGACGAAGAGGUUAAAGAGGGAGGAAGAGAAGGAGAAGCUGGAAGUUCUGGCCAAAUCCAGGGCUGUACUAGACAGUAUCAGGAAUAACAAGAAAGAGAAGAAAAGGCGAAAAAAGAAGAGACGUAAAAGUGAUGGAGAAUCUUCAUCUAGCAGUUCCAGCAGCUCUAGCAGUGACUCAGAUAGCGACUCAGAUAGUUCUUCAUCGUCAUCAUCAUCAUCAAGUUCAUCAUCUAGUUCAUCAUCAGGAUCAUCAUCGUCCUCAUCAUCUUCUAGUGACUCUAGUGAUUCAUCAUCCUCAGAUUCUGACACAGGAAAACAAAAGGUUCAUUCCAAAAAGAGAUCAAAAAAGAGAAAGAAAAAAUCAUCAUGAAUGCAGGAAGUGGAAAAGAUAAUAUUCACAAAAUGAGCCACGCCAUGAGAAAACCAACAUAGUAGUUUUGCAACCAUCAUGGAUCCAGACCAACCUGCGCAUCCGCGCAGUCUGGUCAGGAUCUAUGCUGUUCGCUUUCAAAGCCUAUUGCAAUUAGAGAAACCGUUAGCGAACAGCAUGGGUCCUGACCAGACUGCGCGGAUGCGCAGGCUGGUUUGGAUCCAUGCUGAUCGCAAAGCCACUAUGUUGGUUUUCUCAUGGCGCGGCUCAAGUAUUUAGGUCGCAAAGAUCAUGUUAAUAUUUCGGUCCUUGGCUGAUUCUAAUGUAUUGUUGCUCUGUAAAGUCAGAGACAUAGUUAAUUGAAGUUCACAGCUAGAACCGUACUUGCGAAUGAUUGAAAGAAGCCCUCUUUAAAUAAAUCAUGGCAGUGAUCAAGGCCAGAGCUGGAUCCAGAUUGUUAUAUUUUCUUAGAAUCUAGCUGAUUAGGGAAUCUAGGAGAAGAAGGCAGUCUGUAUGUUGUCAUCUGAUAUUAAUCAUGGAAUUUAAAACACAAUUAUUGAAAGCGGCUUAAAGUCCUUUGUACUUUUAACUUCAUUGAGCCAAAGACGAGAUGAGCUGUUGUGAUUUGUCUCUGUCUGGUCAUUGUGAUUUUUGACCAUUGUGUCGUGUGACCUGACACCAUCGUGUCGUGUGACCCGACACCAAAGUAUCUAAAAUGAGGAUUCCUGCAGAACUUUGGUAACUUCCCACAGAAAAGUGUUUAAAAUAAUGAUUUUCAAAGGGAACAUUGUUUAAACUAAAACCUGAACUGUGCUUUAAUUGACAAGUAAUUUUUUUUUAUGAAAAAUGUUUUUAUUUUAUUGCACACAAAUACAUAUGAUUAUACCUACAUGACAAUGUUCCUAGGAGACUAUAGUACAAAAAGUAUGCAGGGAUAAAUACUAGCUUACCUGUUUGCUAAGAAUUUAAAGGCCUACUUAUCCAUCAGUAACUAGGCCACUUAACCAACGGUGACUUGCUUGAAACUAACUUAAAAUGUGAUUUUAUUGAAAAAUUAGAUUUAAACAUGUUUAUACAGAAGAUUUUGUCUGUUUUUUUACAGGCCAUAUGUUAUGCCAUUUUUGACUUUUAAAUUUAUUUGAGACACACAUUUUACCCUCUUAGUUUGUUACCUUGUGUACAGACAUCUUGUAAAGGCCAUGAUUUUAUUAGCUCAACUAUUCAAAGAAUAGGUAGAGCUAUUGGACACACUGAUGUGUCCGCGUUGGCGUCCCGAUUUGGUUAAGUUUUUGUAUGUAAGCUGGUAUCUCAGUAACCACUUAUGGGAAUGGAUUGAAACUUCACACACUUAUUCACUGUGAUAAACUGGCUUACAUUGCACAGGUUCCAUAACUGUAUUUUGCUUUUUUACAAAAUUAUGCCCCUUUUUCUACUUAGCAACAGUUUUUGGUUAAGUUUUUGUAUGUAAGCUGGUAUCUCACUAAUGGGAAUGUAUUUAAACUUCAUACUAUUGUCCAUUGUCAUGAACUGAUAUGCAUUUUGCAGGUUCCAUAACCCUGUUUUGCAAUUUUACAAAAUUAUUCCCCUUUUUCAACUUUUAUUUUCAUUCAACUGACAAGGCUGUUGAAUAGUCAAGCAUUGCUGUCCUCCGACAGCUCUUGUUAUAUCUGUUGUCUCAGAAACUAUUUUUGGCAAUUAAUUGCAAGUUUACUUACUUAGUAACUGUGGAGCACAGGUUCUACAACUCUUGUCUCACAUUUUUACAGUGUUAUGCUCCUUUUCCCACUUUUGGUGUUUAUUUAUUUUUUUAGUGACGGGGCUUUUGAAUAGUCAAGUGUUGCUGUCUGAUGGCUAUUGUUAAACAAAAUAUUGUUUAUUAUGUUUGAAAAUAUUCCUUUUGCUAUAAAAUGUCUAUUUUAAUUUAUAUGUUGUGAUAGAAAUAAAUAAAAAAAUUAUACAAGUAUACAAAUGA